AUGGCAACGAAAUUAUUUUUUUUCGGUGUAAUAUUGCCAUUCGUAAGUUUUGCUGCGUUUAAAAUCAGUUUAAUUGACGUGGAUCCUAGCCAUUUUCCAUGUCAUCAUCAAAAACAAAUAAAAGGUGAUCUAGAGGAGCUAUUUGACUUUCUUGUGAGUCCACACGCUCUAGAAAAGCUGUUACCUUGGAUGCGAAGACUGAGAGAGGCAGACAAGAGAAUCAUUGCCGUCGGCAAAUCUUAUAAAGCUGAGUUAGAAGUACCCCUAUUUGGUGGAAGAACUAUUUAUGUCACAAUUAUAGAUUACAAACCAUCAAAAUUAAUUGUCUUUGAAGUAUCAAAUGACUUCUUAAAGCAAAAAAUAAUUAUUCAACUACGAGGGUAUCAUGAUCGAGUGCUUUUAAUAACAGACAUCCACUUUCGAAGAAAUUCCGUUUUUUUUCAUAUUGGAUAUUUUUUUAGAAGAUACUUGGAAAAUCGUCUGAAGAAUUCUAUGCAAAAUGUUGCCAACGUUUUUGAAAGCCUCGAUGGAUUUUAUAAAAUACCAAACAUUUCCCAACAAUAA